AAAAUAUAUGACAGUUUCCGGCGUUUUUGUUGUUGCCACUGGUUGUUGCAUUUUGUUGCAGAAACGUUCAGGGCAGAAAUAUUAAAGGAAAUUCUGCAUGUGAAUUGUUGCACAUUCACUCUAAGUGAUGGAAUCACCACCAACCCGAGAUGCAGGUCCCAGCAACUAUAUUCUUAAUCAAAGCCAGGAGGUUGACUCACCUCUGCCUCCAAUCACUGAGCGUCUGGCCUACCUCCGGCCAUCUCGUGAGUUGCUGGAGUUCUACAGGCAGAAGGUGGCUCAGUUUGAUGGGGAACAUGAGGACCUCCUGCAGAUGCUGGAGAAGUACAGAAGCUCUACAGAAGAUCAGCAUAAACUCCAGUGGGAGGUCCGACAGCGCGAGGGAGAGAUUGCGGAGCUUCAGAAGGCACUAAGCGACAUGCAGGUCUAUCUCUUCCAAGAGCGAGAACAAGCACUGCGCUUGUACGCAGAAAAUGACCGUUUGAAAAUCAGAGAGUUGGAGGACAGAAAGAAAAUCCAGCAUCUUUUGGCACUGGUGGGUCCAGAUGUUGGGGAGAUCACUUACUUUCACCGAGAGCCUCCAAACAAGAUCACAAUUCCUCAGAAUAAGGUGCAGCCAAGGCCUCAGGAUCAGUGGAAGGUUUCAAAAUCAAAAGCUGCUAAAGAAACCAGUAAGAAGCUCUCCAGAGAAGGAGUGGAGAGUGGCGAGACAGCAGAACAGUACAAGAAAGACAACCAGACCUUGCUGCUGCAGGUGGAGGCGCUCCAGGCCCAGAUGGAGGAGCAGACGCGUCUGGCUAAAGAACAGGUGGAGUCGCUCCUGGAGGACCGGCGCAUCCGCGUGGAGGAGGUUCAGGUUCAGCACCAGAGAGACCAAGACCGCAUCACGGCUCUCACUAACAAGCUCCAGCGCACACAGACCCUGCUGUACGAGAGCACCAGGGACUUCCUGCAGCUGAAGUUCGACAGCCGCACCCAUGAGAAGGGCUGGAUGGUGGAGAAGGACCGGCUCCUGCGGCAGCUCGACACCUGUCACGAGAAGCUCCAGAGUGGCCGCGGUGGCCUGGACAGACCGGGACGAGCCACAGCACCGCAGCGUCUCGCCCAGGCACCGCCAGAGUCCCAACAGAUGCAUCAGGAGGAGAUUCGGGCACUGAGCGAGGAGCUGAAGCAGGCCCACAAACUGGCAGACAUGUACCGCGAGCAGUGUGUGGGUUUAGAAACAGAACUGGCACAAAUCAGAGAAGAGGGAGAUGUGGGUAAAGAAAUCUUUCAGGAGCGGUCCACUAAGAUAGCAAAGCGUUUGCAGAUGAUGACUCAGCGUUAUGAGGCCCUGGAGAAGAGGCGAGUAAUGGAGGUUGAGGGCUUCAAGACAGACAUCAAACAUUUGAGACUAAAACUGAAGGAUGUGGAGAAACAGCUCUUUAAGGUGACUCUAAAUGUGGGGCCAGAUCAGGACCUGGCCAUUCUACAUGAAGUACGACAGACCAACGCCCGCACCAAAAAGGUACAAGGAGAACUGAAGACUCUGAAGGCCAAAAUCUACGGACUGGAGAACGACCUCAGAUACUGCUGAGGCAAUUAGGUCAAAGACAAAGUGUCCGUUAUCUGCAGUUGAUGGGUCAAAGUAGCUAUCAAUUAGCAGUUAUGGAUAACAUAUCCAACUGUGUAUCUUUUAUUAAGGAUAUCCUUGCCUUAAUAUACUUCCAAAUGUGCCUAGUCUGACUGAAGGAAACUGUGGGUAGGUUAAUGCUGCUUUAUGUGUAAACAGUCUCCAUGGUCAUUUUUUAAUGCUUAAUUAUGAUUACAAAUCAUAUUUGGUUGUGUAGAUAAUGCUGCGUGGUUUUAUAUAUUUGAAGUAUUGUAUUAUGAUUUUCCAUAUUUGUUAAUAAAAGUUUAUAUUUUAAAUUUC